AUGUCAAACAGCGUCAAACGGAAUGUCACGAAGAGGAAAAGCAAGAGAGGAGGAGCAGGAGCGGAGGCCAAGGCCAAGCCGCACAAUCCGUUCAGUGUGCCGGGCGACGCUCAGCUGCUGGCCUACUGGCACUACAAGAACAGGCGCAACGAGCGCGACAAGGCCGACGGAGCGGAGCCGCCUCUCCAAGUGUUUCGCAAGGCCGCAGCGGCCUCGAACGCCUUCUCGAUGAGCGACUACGUGCGCGACAUCAGGCUGCUGUCCAAGUGGAAGCUCGUGGCCGGGCUGAAGCGGGACUGCGUCAUACAGAUCGACCAGAAGCUCAACAUCGAGCGGCAGCGCUUCCUGCGCAUCAAGCGCAAGUACCUCGAGUGCGUCGAGAGCCUCGAGCAGUUCGUGGCCAAGGACCACGACGAGAGCAUGCGGGCCCUCGGCCAGGCCGACAACGAGCUCGCCCGCACCCUCGAGUUGAGCGAGAAGCGGGACGAGCUGUCGCGCGAGUACGGCGCCAUGCGCCUCGAGGUCUACAGGUGGGAGGAGGCCUUUAGGACGGUCCGGGCUUGUCACCGCUUCCUGCACCAGCUGGCCGAGAAUCGCCUCGACGACGACGACGACGACGAUGACGACGACGUAGCCAACGACCUCAACGAUCUUCUCGACGAUGCCAAAGCCACCAAAGACAGCCAGUUGAACAUCUCGGACAUCGGCUCGCUCGAGUCGCUCAUAAGUGAGCCGCACGACCUGCUGCGACGCUUCAGCGAGAUGGAGAUCCAGAACGUGAGCGCCCUGGUGAAUCUCGAGUCGCUCGGCGGCCCCAUGGUCGAGCUGAAGGACCAGCUGGACAGGACCGAGCGGAGCCUGCGCGACGAGCUCAACGAGAUCGCCGAGGACAUCGAGGCGACCCGCCGCAAGAUCAGACUGGAGGAGAGACGGGCCGAGCGCUUCGAGGCCAAGGCCGCCCGCCUCAAGGAGGACAAGAUGGUCGAGCUGGUGGCGUCGGCCAGGGCGCUGCACACGCGCAGCCUCAUCGAGCAGGCCUACAAGAGCUGCUGCUUGCAAGCCGACGGCGAUGCGCUCGCCACCGCCAGAAAAUUAGAGUGGCAGAAGAAGGAGGAGGAGCAGCGGGAGGCGCAGCAGGUGCCGCUCAAACCGAUCCUCAUGGUCAAGGCCCUGGAGGACGCCUACGAGAAGAUGUGCUGCCAGCUCGACGCCCUGCCGAGAUACGUCGUGGCCGUCUGCGAGAAGGAGGGCUUCCGGGCUGAGAUGAAGAAGAUGCGCGAGGCCGAGGAGGCCGCCAAAAAGCGCGCACUGGCCCGCUACCUGGCGAACGCGCUCAAGCGCAUAAUGGAGCCGACGCCGCCGAGGACGCGUCCCCUGAUGAAGCGCUCGCGGCCACGACUGCGCACCAAACGGCUGAGCACGCUGCAGGCCGAGGCGGCCAACCAGGCCGAGGCCCGGGCCCGGGAGCUGCGCGAGAUGGUGCUGCAGCGGGACCUCUUCGGCAGGAACAGCGACGACGACGACGACGACGAGCCGAGUCAAGCCGAUCGGCUGGACGACAACUGGAGCGACUUUUACGAUCAGGGAGACUCGGACGGGUCCGAGAACGAGGAGGACGCGAGUCCCCGUUCCCGGGAUCGGAUCGAUUGGAACGACUGA